AUGAAGUUUCUACUUCUCUUCGCCUUUCUCACUCUUGUCACCACCACCUGCUGCUCAGCUACACCAAAGUACCCGCAGCACAUCAACAUUUUCCACGGCGAGGGCUGCUCAGCGGACGACCUCUUUGUAAGCCGUUUCAAGCCGCAGAUCGCCGCCCUCGGCCCUGAUGUGGAGCGCAUUCUCCAGGCAGUGCUCGCCAAGGGCGGGCCCCAGGCGGGCAAGACCUACAGCUCGCUGGCCACCUUUGUGGACCGCUUUGGCCCCCGAAUGACCGGCAGUCAGUCGCUGGAGGACGCCAUCGACUACAUGAUUACCCGGCUGAAGAAGGAGGGCCACCAGAAUGUGCACGGCGAGGAGGUAGAGGUGCCGGUUUGGACCCGAGGUCGCGAGUGGGCCGAGAUGGUCGCCCCUCGCCACAAACGCCUGCCCAUCCUCGGUCUCGGCUACAGCGUCGGCACUACCACCACUGCUGGCGCCACCAGCCCCACCAUCACCGGAAAUCGCACCCUCGAGGCCCCGGUCCUGGUGGUGCGCAGCUUCGAGGAGCUGCAGCGCCGCGCCGCCGAGGUCGCCGGCAAGAUUGUCGUCUUCAACUACCACUACAGCAACUACAGCGCCGGGAAGGGCUACCGCAUGAACGGCGCCUCGAUGGCGGCCAAACACGGCGCCGUAGCCGCCCUUAUUCGCUCCGUCACGCCCCUCUCCAUUGCCUCGCCUCAUACUGGAGCAUUGAAGUACCAGCCCAACGUGGUGAAGAUCCCCGGCGUCAGCAUUACAGUGGAGGACGCGGAGAUGUUUCAGCGACUGGCUGAUCGAAAAGAGCACAUCAUCGUCCGCCUGUACUCUGAGAACGCCCUCUCCCCAAAGGCGGCCACUUCGCGAAACACCGUCAGCGAGCUGGUGGGCAGCCGCCACCCGGAGCAGGUGGUCCUCGUCAGCGGCCAC